AUGGCCAACGAAUAUCGAAUGUCUCUCUCCUAUCCAAACCCAUCCCUGGGCCAAAUAGCAGCGACGGAGAAUGACUUGGAAGAGAAUGCUCCAAUGCCAACGGAGGUUAUAGGAUUGCGCAAACAUUCAAUCACUGGGCCUCGACGAGUAGUUCUUGUCAUCUCCCUCGACACUUCCAUCGUCUCGACUUCGCUCGUCACCAUCUCGCACGACCUUGACGACUUCACAAACGCGCCUUGGAUAGUUCUAGCGUACCUCCUCACAUACAUGGGAUUCGCUGUCUGUGUGUCCAAAUUGAGUGACAUCUAUGGACGGCGCAACAUACUCGUGGUAUCAUGGGUCAUUUUCGUUGGCUUCUCGCAGGGCUGUGGAUCGGCAACUAGUAUGACAGCUUUGAUCGUAUGCCGCGCUUUCCAAGGAAUGGGGGCAUCUGGUCUGUACAGCUUAACACAGAUCGGCCUGGUAGAGGUUGGGCCUUCUCACAGUCCCAGUCUGAUAGGGGCUUUGAUCGGUGUUACCCUCGCCGUCGCCUUUGUACUGGGUCCUAUCGUCGGCGGUGCAGUUUCUCAGCUUUCAGACUGGAGGUGGUUAAAUACUGACGACGUCAGCAUCCCUUUCGGCUUGGUUGCGAUCCUCACAAUUACGAAUCUCUGGCCGCACGAAGAAGUGUCACACUUCUUCUCAUGGAAGGCUUUCACCAGCAUCGAUUUCCUCGGAAGCGCAACCCUUCUUACCAGUUCAGGCUUUCUGGUGUUCGCUGUCCAACAAGCUGGCUCAGAGACGUUCGUUUGGGGAAGCCCAGAGAUCAUCUCUGCUUUGGUCAUUUCAGGUGUAAGCUGGCUCGUGCUCGUGUGGUGGGAGGUGCACUUGGAGACAAGGCCAUUGCGUAGCAUCGAGCCAAUUUUCCCGAUCCGAUUGAUGCUUCGAAGAGUAUACUCUGCCGGAUUACUCGUUACUUUAUUCACCGGGUUUCCUUACAUCUCACUUUCCAUCGUCAUUCCGGAAAGAUUUCAAAUUGUCAGCCGUGAAGAAGUCCUAACGGCAGGGCUGCAUAUCCUGCCUAUGCUUGGUGCUUGUGCCGUUGGCUCGUUUCUUGGUGGUGCCAUUUCGAGCCGGAGAAACAACACGUCCCUAACUCUUCUUGGGGCAUCAUGCCUACAACUCCUUGGAGUUGGUCUGAUGUCAAUGUUGACUGGGCCAGACUCCCACAGUAAAGCCCAGUAUGCCUUCCAAGCAAUCUUUGGGCUUGGCGUCGGUCUCUCCUUUUCUGCCGCAACUAUCAUGACCAGUAUACUCGCCGCUGAACGGAGUGAGCUCGCCUCUGCACAAGGCGCUGUGGCACAGGCCCGUGUAUUGGGCGGUUGCAUUGGCCUUGCGGUUUGCACUGUCAUUUUCAAUUCCCACGUCAAUGAAUAUCUUCGGGACCAUUUGACAUCCGUUCAACUCGCGAGUCUCCACCGAUCACCGCUAACAAGUCUACAACUACCGGGACAUCUACAAGUCUUAGUUAGAGAUGUUUAUGCUGGUGCAUUUGCAGAAGAAAUCAAGGUCAUGAUGCUCGUGUGUGCCGUCAUGGUAGCUUUGUCUCUUUUCUCGCUAGAAAGAAACCCAGCACCCCUGGAAAGGUUGACGGCUUUUCCUAAGGAUCAGUUUUCUUCCAGAAGAGGCAGUGAAUCCGCCACAGAGAUGACGGAUGUAUCUAGUAUACGCCGCUCCGUUUGA